UGUACUAAGUUCCCCUCUAGUUGGCGGGAUCUAUUAAACCCUAGAAUUCCCUCGUCUAACCGAGAGAAUUUUUCUAAUCGGAACCCUAGAAAUCGGGCCUUAGCGUUCUCUAACCGGAACCCUAGAGUGCUAAACCCCUCUCUUGUCCGCACCGUCAUAUCGCCCGCCGCAGACCUCAAAUUCUGGAGACGACGUCUUAGGGUUUCCGUCUAAAGGUGUGGACGCGAUCUGUUGUUUCCCUAUGGAAACGGUAGGUGAAAGCUCUUCGAUCCAGGAGACUGUCGUGGAGAAGCCUGUAGUCGUCAGGGUUAAGCGGAAAGUGGACCAGUCUCCACUUGAUGCUUUCUGGCUGGAAAUUAAUGAAAGACCAUUCAAGCGUCCGCUUUUGGACCUGGCGAAACUAUCAAUUUCCAAUUCGGCCGAAAAAGCAGAAAAAUUGAAAUCGAAGAAGGUGCUUGUGCGGCAUGUGGAGACUGUGGCCGACUCCAAUGCCACCAUUGACAUGCUUCAAUCUUUAUUUGAUUCUGUUUCCAGUGAACAGGGUAGCAAUAAAGAAAAGAUCGAGGAGCGGAAAAAUACCUUCAAAAGAGACAAUCGAAAAGACCAACUAUUGACCAAGGCAGUGCAACAGCAACAAGUUGCUGCUAAAAAUGCUCGUCUUGAGCAAAUAUGGCGGAGUAGGAAGGGAAACAAGGAGGGGGAUCAUGAUAAAACGCUUCAUGAAAUGUGUCAUUUUUAUGAUGUUGUACGCGUUGACGUUGAAGAAGGACCGAAAGCUGCACCAAUGGAAGAGCUUCCAUCCUUAGAGGAACAGAAAAUGUUGGCUAGUUACUUACCUCUCCUGAGAGAGUUAAUUCCAGAUGCAGCGAAGGAGAUUGAAUCUGAUAUCCUCAGUUACAUGCCCAAUCAGACAGAAGAAUAUGUUUAUGAUUUUUACACCAUCAAAGAUGAGAUGGAUGUCAAUGUAGAUGAUCAUGUCGAUUCAUUUCCGCUUGUUCAAGUGGAGGAUGAAGAUUUUUACGAUGGACCCGAUGAGUCAGAGUAUGAAAGUGAUGAUUCAAAUGCUGAGGAUAAUCCAAGGAAUGAUUACCCAGAGGAGAUCUCUGAUGAGGAAGACGAGGAAGAAGAUGAUGAUGAUGAUGAUGAUGAUGAUGAGGAAGAGGAGGAAGACAGUCAAGCUUCUGAUGAGUCAGAAGACGAGAGCUCUAGCUACAGGUACAUGCGAGGUAACCAUAGAGUGAAUGAAGACGAUGAGUUCGAUGAUUAUGGGGAGGACGGGAGCGAAGAUGAGCACCGGAAAUGGUCAUACCGUUAAAGUGUUGUUAGUUUUGAGAUCAAAAUGGGGAAGAUGAUGUUUCUACUACUACUACUGCUGCUGCUUACCUUACUAAAAAUGGCUAAUAUUGGGAUCCAACCUAAGUGUAACUAUGUGAAGCCCC